AUGGCUGAAACUACUGAUAUCCCAACUAAUUUUAAAACUUCUUUGCCUCCAAGAAAGAGAGCUAAAACAAAAGAAGAAAAAGAACAACGUCGUGUUGAAAGAAUCUUAAGAAAUAGAAAAGCAGCUCAUGCUUCAAGAGAGAAAAAGAGAAAACAUGUUGAAUUUUUGGAAUCUUAUGUUUUAGAUUUAGAAAAACAAUUACAUUCUUUUAAAGAAUUAAAUGGUCAUUUAAUGGAAUGUUAUCAAGGUGGUAAUGAUAAAGUUGAUUCAUUAGUUGAAAAAAUUCAAAAUUUACCAGAUUUAAAUAAAAAAAGACAUGAUCAUUUUAUGGAAAUUGAUGCUGAAGAUAAUGAAGAAAUUUCAGAAAAUUCUUCAAAAUUUUUACCAAAAACUCCAGAAUCUUUUGCUUCAUCUCCAAAACAAAAUGUUGAUGAUCAAGUUCCUGAUUUAAUGUCUCCAGAAUCAAAUUCUUCAAUGUCUGAAUCUGAACGUUCAAAUUCAUUUAUGAUGCAAACUUUAGCAUCUCCACAAACUUCUCCAAUUACAAACAAAUUUUCUUUAGAUAUUAUUACAGGUAAUGAACAAUCAUUUUCAUCUCCAGUUAUUAAAACAGAAGAAGAAGAAGUUGGUAUUGAUCAAUCAAACAAUUUCUUCAAUGGUGAUAUGUUUAUUAAAAAAGAAGAUGAAGGUACUCAAAUUCCACCUUUAUCUAAUGAUAUUUUCAAUGAUAAAUUAAAUUUUGGUGAAUUUCAAGUUAAUACUUAUGAUAUUGAUUUUGGAUUUGAUGAGUUGCGUAAUCCAGCAGUGAUUACAUGUCAAUUGAAGAAAAUUAAGAUUCAUUAG